GUCUUCAAACCGAAAGAACCAAAACAAAUCAACUUCCACAAUGUUCAAAUCCGCUGUUGUUAUCUUCGCCAUCGUUGCCUGUGUUGCCGCCAAGCCAGGACUUCUGGGUGCUCCUCUGGCCUACACUUCUCCACUGGCUUACACUGCUCCUCUGGCCUACUCUGCACCUGUGGUGGCUGCUCCUGCUCCAGUUGUGACCGCCACCAGUAGCCAGGUGAUCGCCAGGAACUACAAUGGAAUCGCCGCUGCUCCAGUGAUUGCUCCCGUGGCUGCUCCCGUGGUUGCCAAAUACGCAGCUGCUCCUCUGGCGGCUCCUUUGGCAUACUCCUCCCCCUUGGCUUACUCCGCGCCUUUGAGCUACGCCGCUGUUCCCGCACCACUCCUCAUCUAA